UUUUUACUUCUUUUUUCUCUGAGAGAAAGACAUUUGCGGAGAGACCUUCAUCUUUUGCGAAUGGUAGUUGAAGGUUUCCGUGUGAGUCCGUCGCGUCGUGUCUUCUGCGAGUUCCGGCGUCUGUAUAUGGAGAACCACCCGCCAGAACAACCGCUGCUAUUCGCAGGUCUUCACACGUCUCAGGAAGAUUCGUUAACCUUUCGCUGGUUUCCAUCUUUUUUCUGUGAACAUCUUACAAGAGGACGCUACCUCUGUCUCUGCUAUGACCCUCCAGUCUCCUCUUCUCCCUCCGUCCGUCCGUCGCUCGGCGUCUCAUCCUCGCCCCCCUUGUUGUCUCGGAGAUUUCUGAGCUUUUUCCGGGUCUAAAUUUCCUUUUCCUUUCUUUCUUACGCUUUCUCCUCUUUGGCCGACGGCAACCUGUUCUUCGAGGCAUUCCUACGUGGGCAAACGCGGUGUUUCACAGUUGCGUGCACGUGCUUCCUGCGUGACAUCUACGACUGUAUGUGCGGCGACCAGAUGCCACAUAAAAGGGAGUUGUGGAAGUUUGGCGGGUUUUCUUGCUCUUUUCCUGUUGAAGGAACUUGCUUGGCUAGCUUCUUUUCAGAGGAAGGCAACAGAACUUCUAGCGGUUCAAACGUGUCCGCAACGUCGCAGAUGCGAACGUGUCCACUUUCUUCUUAUUCGGGACCGACAUUAUUGAAAGUCGGGCAGCAAGUUGUCUAAGAAGAAGCGAAACGCAAAUCUCUGGUCAAGUGCUGCUGCUCUUUCGGCAGUGUGCCGCGGGUUUCUGUCGAAGCUCGUCUCGUUUCCUCCGUAGCUGCCGAGUCCCGGAAGGAUUUUCUCUCAGGCGUACUGGCGACGUGUAUAUUUUAGUGCAUGCAUUUUCGAAGGGACACCUCUGCAUCUUCGCGAUCCGCUUUCUGUGGCCUGGUUUCGCCGGAAAACGGCAACAUCUGACUCGAGACUCUGACGGUUCCCGACUGAAUUCGGGUGGCAUCCCAGGUCGACCGGCUGUACCUACACCUGGCGUAGAGCAGCAUCAAGACCACGUGUCAGGCUUCUGAGUGAUUGGAGGCAGGCUUUGAAGAAGGUACGUUUUUUUCCGCCUGCGCUGCGGCCAAACUGUCAGCAAACACCAUGGACGUCCACGAGCAUGAGGCGGCGACGGGUUGUCGCUUCUCCUGGAACGUCUGGCCUGCCACGCGUGCAGAGGCGCAGAAGAUCGAGCUGCCUCUGGGAUGCAUGUUCACGCCUUUGCGGGACUGCACCAGCCUCCAGUUGGUCGAGUACGAGCCCGUCAGGUGUCGCGUGAGUGGCUGCAUUCUCAACCCGUUCUGCGCCAUCGACUUCCGGAGCAAACAGUGGACCUGUCCUUUUUCGCUUCAACGCAAUGCCUUCCCUAACCACUACGCGAUGCACAUCUCCGAACAGAACUUGCCUGCCGAGCUGCUGUACCCCACAAUCGAGUACAUUCUGCCGCAGCCGAUGCCCGCUGCGAACGCCCCCGGCGUCUCCGCGGGAGAGUCUCUUCCACCCCCUCUGUUUUUUCUGGUCGUUGAUACGUGCGUCAUUGAGGAGGAACUCGAUCAACUUCGCGACUCUCUCAUGCAGGCAUUGGCGCUCAUGCCUUCGGACGCCAUGGUGGGCAUCAUCACGUACGGCGCAAUGGCCAUGCUCCACGAGUUGGGGGGUGGAAGCGAAAACGUGGAUGUGAUGAAGGCGCAUGUCUUCCGUGGAAACAAAGAGCUGACAUCAACGCAGAUCCAGCAGCAACUGGGUUUGGCGCGGUCAGCGAACGCGUAUGUGCCUGCUGGAGGUCCGGGGGCGCCUGCAGGUUCUCCGCUUCUGCGACCUGCCGCGGCGCGCUUCAUUCAGCCGGUCGGAGAGUGCGAGUAUAAACUGACUUCCAUUCUGGAGGAGCUGCGGCGCGACUCCUGGCCGGUGCCGUCCGACUCGCGCCCUAUGCGCUGUACAGGCCUGGCUCUCUCAGUUGCUCUCGCCGUCCUCGAGGCAGCCUGGUAUCAACUUCCAGCUCGCGUGCUGCUGUUUGUUGGCGGCGCAUGCACCUCGGGUCCGGGUCAGGUUGUCGAUCUUUCGCUGUGCGAGUCCAUUCGCCACCACUUGGACUUGCAGAAAGACAACAACAACGCGCGCUUUGUCAAAAAGGCUCUCAAGUAUUACACCCAGCUCGCGAACCAGGCUGUCAGGUCUGGCCAUGCCGUAGACAUCUUCGCAUGCUCUCUGGACCAGGUUGGUCUCUACGAGAUGAAAGUGAUGACGGAGAAGACGGGUGGAUGCGUCGUCAUGGGAGACAGUUUCUCCAUCAACGUUUUCAAAGACAGUCUCAGGAAAUUCUUCGAAACCGACUCGACAGGUUUCCUCAAGAUGGGAUUCAACGCAAAAAUCGAGGUUCUUUGCAGCAAAGAGUUCAAAGUCUGCGGCGCCAUCGGACCCUGCACAGGCACAGGGAAGAAGGGAUGUCAGGUGUCAGACACCAUCGUGGGCGAGGGCAUGACGACGGAGUGGCAAGCGGCCGCCCUUGACAAAGAAUCGACGGUUGCCUUCUACUUCGAGGUGACGAACCAGCAAGCUCAGAACCUUCCUCCAGGAAAACAGUCUUUUCUCCAGUUCCAGACGUCUUACCUCCACCCUAGUGGCCGCCGCCGGCUUCGCGUCACCACUCUCUCCUACCGAUUUGCCGAGCCAAACACGAUCGAUGUUGCUCCAGGCUUUGACCAAGAGGCUGCAGCUGUUUUGAUGACGCGUCUGGCGGUGUUCAAAACAGAGUCGGAGGAGUCUCUGGAUGUCCUGCGGUGGCUGGACAGGAAACUCAUUCGUCUCGUUGCUCGCUUUGCCGAUUACCAGAAAGACGAUCCGAGCUCCUUCCACCUCUCCACGGAGUUCAGCAUAUACCCGCAGUUCAUGUAUCACCUGCGGCGCAGUCACUUUCUGCAGACCUUCAAUGCGUCGCCUGACGAGACGGCGUAUUACCGCUCUGUGCUUCUCCGUGCAAGCGUGAUGAACGCUCUCGUCAUGAUUCAGCCUGCGUUGUUGGAGUACUCCUUCGAACAGCAGGGACCACCACAGCCUGUGCUGCUCGACGCGCAAGCUCUCAAGCCGAACGUCAUCUUGUUGCUGGACUCGUUCUUCCAUGUGGUCGUCUGGCAUGGGGAGCUCAUCCACCAGUGGCGAGAGCAGGGCUUCCAUAAUAUGCCGGAGUACGAAAACUUGCGACAGCUUCUUCAGGCACCACUUGAGGACGCAAAAGUCAUUCUCGACGAACGGUUCCCUGUUCCCAAGUACGUCCAGUGCAACAGCGGCGGAAGUCAAGCUCGCUUUUUAUUGGCAAAAGUCAAUCCAUCAACCAACUACGCACAAACUGCAGGAGGAGGUGCCGCCAUGGCAGGCCUCAUGGGAGAUUCUGGCGCAGCUGGCGAGAGUUUCAUCAACACGGACGAUGUCAGUCUCAAGGUUUUCAUGGAUCACCUCAUCAAACUGGCAGUCCAGAGCUAGCUCAAGAGAAAUUCUACGCUUCCAGGGACUCCAUUUCUGAAGCAAACGCGGACACCGUAAAGAAGCUACCGAAAUCCAGCAGUUUUACGCGACGACGCCGACAGGGGGAAAGCGGCCAAAAAGCGUUCAGGUGGAGAAGCUGUGGCACAGGGGAGCGUGCGGGUGUGACUUGAAGACAGGCAGAAAGGCACGAGCAGACGGACCGUGUGCGUGUGCGGCGUUGAUUUGUCUUUUCCAUGUGAAAAGGUAAAGCAGAAAAAGGUUGGGGGGCAGUGGAAAACGCGAGAGUGGAGAGCUCCACGCAGAGCUCUGUCAGAGCGAAUGUCGGACGUAGGGGACGCGAGAAUGGCAGCGAAAACCCUUGAGACGAAAGGGGCGUGCAACACACACGAGGAGCAAUUGUUUGAGUGGCUUUUCGUCGAUUUUGCGUGACGGAACACUAGAAAACACACUGUUUCCCGCUAGCAAAAGAUGCGGUUGCGACGCUGCCUGACCUGGCGGGGGCUGGUACCUGGAGAGUCCCCUCGACGUCAGAGCGAACGGAGCGAGUGGGAAGCGGCUUCUUUCCAAUUUUUCCUUUCAAUUCCACGGGGACAGUCGAGUGCGAAGACGCACGAGGUCGUAGCGAACAUGCUGAGUUUUUUCCUGAAUGUGGAAAAAAAGACGCUCCACUUCGACCGUGGUACUCAAUUACGCAUAACUGCCUUUCUAGUGGAGUCGUGAAAGCACGGACUCGACAAGCGAUCCAGGGUCACUUUUUGACCAGAAGAACGGCA